AUGUCCUCCGGCGACGAAGAGCGGGCCGCCGCGUCCAAGCACCACCACCGGGACAAGGACAAGAAACGCGACCACUCCUCCUCCUCUUCCCGCCGCCACCGCGACAAGGACCGCUCCUCCUCCCGCCACCACAGGGACGAGAGGGACGGCGAGCGGGAGCGGGACCGAGAUCCCGACCGCCACCACGGUGGCAAGGAGCGGGAUCGCGAGGAGCGGAAGGCGCGGGAGCGGGCGGAGAAGGAGGAGAAGAAGGAGAGGGAGCGGGAGCGGGAGCGGGAGCGGCGUCGCGAGGAGCGCGACAGGGAGAAGGAGAAGGAGAAAUCGAGGAGGCGGGAGGCGGUCGACGAGGAGGAGGACGAAGACCGCGACCGCAAGCGCCGCCGCCGGUCCUCGCGCCACCACCACCACCGCGACGUGGAGCCGGAGGCGGCGCCGCUGGCCAGGGCGGAGGAGGAGGAGGACGAUGGGGAGGAGGCGCAGAUGCGGCGGCAGAAGAAGAAGGAGGAGGACAUGGAGGCUGAGCAGCAGCAGCUCGACGACGAGAUGGAGCGCCGCCGUCGCCGCGUUAAGGAGUGGCAGGAGAAGAAACGCCGCGAGCAGCAGCUGCAGGAUGGAUCCAGCGGUGCUGCUGCCACCGCUGAUGCUGAUGGUGGAGGUGAGUCUGGGAAGAAGUGGACCUUGGAUGGUGAGGAGUCGGAUGAGGAGGAUGCAAAUAAGUUGGAUGAGGGGGAUGUGAAGAAGUCGGAGGAGAAUGGUGGCGCUGGCAGCGGUGCCAUUGAUGUUGACACCCCUAACCUCCUGGGUAAUGAUGGAAAUAGUGGUGCUGAUAUGGAGGAGGAUGAGAUUGACCCCCUCGACGCGUUCAUGAACUCCAUGGUGUUGCCAGAGGUUGCAAAGCUGGAGAGUGCCGCACCAGCCAUGGAGAUCGUGCUUGUUGCCAAUGCAGGAGGCAUGGAUGAUAAGGAUGACACGAGUAAUGGGGAUAAGAAAGCACUCGUGAAGGGAAUGGGGAGAAUUAUGCAAGGGGAUGACUCUGACUCUGAUUAUGACGACAGUGAUAACAACGAGGCUGGGUCGGAUGACGAGGAUGAUGCAGAGUUCAUGAAGCGUGUCAAGAAGACAAAGGCAGAGAAGUUGGUUAUUGUUGACCAUUCCAAGAUUGAUUACCAGCCAUUCCGCAAGAAUUUCUAUAUCGAGGUGAAGGAUAUUACAAGGAUGUCAGCUGAGGAAGUGGCAGCCUACCGGAAGCUGUUGGAGAUCAAGGUGCAUGGGAAAGACGUUCCCAAGCCAAUAAAGAUGUGGAUACAGAGCGGUCUGACAAGUAAGCUACUUGACACCAUCAAGAAGCUUGGUUUUGAGAAACCAAUGCCUAUACAGGCACAGGCACUACCAAUCAUAAUGAGUGGACGCGAUUGCAUAGGGGUUGCAAAGACUGGUUCUGGCAAGACUCUAGCGUUUGUCUUGCCAAUGCUGAGGCAUGUCAAAGACCAACCGCCUGUUGUGCCUGGGGAUGGCCCUAUUGGGCUCAUCAUGGCUCCUACCAGAGAGCUGGUGCUGCAAAUAUAUUCUGAUAUCAAAAAGUUCUCUAAGGUGCUUGGCAUCAACUGUGUUCCUAUAUACGGAGGUUCUGGGGUUGCUCAGCAGAUCAGUGAGCUGAAGAGGGGUGCUGAAAUUGUUGUUUGUACACCAGGGAGGAUGAUUGAUAUCCUUUGCACUAGCAGUGGCAAGAUUACCAACCUUAGAAGAGUGUCCUUCUUGGUGUUGGAUGAAGCUGAUAGGAUGUUUGAUAUGGGUUUCGAACCUCAGAUUACUCGAAUAGUUCAGAACACCCGUCCAGAUAGGCAGACUGUCCUUUUCUCUGCCACUUUUCCACGACAGGUGGAGAUACUGGCACGUAAGGUGCUGACAAAGCCUGUUGAGGUUCUGAUGGGUGGGAGGAGUGUUGUGAACAAAGAUAUCACACAACUGGUUGAGGUGCGGCCAGACAGUGAAAGGUUCUUUAGGCUGUUGGAGUUGCUUGGGGAGUGGUUUACAAAGGGGAAAAUUCUUGUUUUUGUACACUCGCAAGAAAAAUGCGAUUCACUACUGAAAGAGCUGUUCCAGCACGGAUACCCAUGUUUAUCUCUGCAUGGUGGAAAGGAUCAAAAUGACCGAGAAUCAACUCUUGCUGAUUUCAAGAGUAAUGUAUGCAACCUUCUGAUCGCUACCAGUGUUGCUGCUCGGGGUUUAGAUGUGAAAGAUCUUGAGAUUGUUGUCAAUUAUGAUGUCACUAAUCAUUAUGAGGACUAUGUUCAUCGUGUUGGGCGAACGGGCCGGGCUGGUAGGAAGGGCUGUGCUGUGACAUUUAUCUCUGAGGAAGAGGAACGCUAUGCACCAGACCUUGUUAAGGCUUUAGAACUAUCUGAACAGGCCAUUCCAGAGGACCUGAAAGCCUUAGCGGAUCGAUUUAUGUCAAAGGUGAGGCAGGGAACAGAGCAGGCCCAUGGAACAGGAUAUGGUGGAAGUGGUUUCAAGUUCAACAGAGAAGAGGAGGAAGCACGACAAUCCGCGAGAAGGGCUCAGGGAAGAGCUCAUGGAUAUGAGGACAAUUCAGAUUCAGGUUCCGAGGAGGAAGGAGGUGUACACAGACAGGGAGAUGACGUUGCAGCACAAUCUCUUGCCGCUGCUCAAGCCGCUGCUCUAGCUGUAGCCAGGGCUGCUAGUAUUGCCAACCAGCAAGCAACAGCUGCAGGCUCCUUGCUUCCUAUACUGGUUACACCUAACCAACCAAACAAUGAUGCCACAGAACGUGCACUUGAUGCUGCAAGGAACUUAGCACAAAAUCUGGCAAGGAUACAGGGCCAUGCAGUUCCAGAACACUAUGAUGCUGAGCUUGAGAUUAAUGAUUUCCCACAAAAUGCUCGCUGGAAGAUCACUCACAAAGAUACAUUGGGUCCUAUUCAGGAAUGGACUGGAGCUGCAAUUACUACAAGGGGAACCUUUAUUCCUCAAGGCAGAAUUGUUGGUGCUAACGAGCGCAAGCUGUACCUGUAUAUUGAGGGUCCCAACGAAUCUUCGGUGAAGAAGGCAAAAGCAGAACUGAAGCGUGUCCUUGAGGAUUGUGCAAACCAUGCGCUCAAUCUUCCUGGUUCUGCUCAAACCGGAAAGUACGUUGUUUGAUCUGCAGAACAUAUACCAAAAUGGAUCAGUGCUGGAGAAGUAUUUUCUUGGGAAGCUUACAAUGGUUUGCGGAUCACAAUCCAAUUGUUGGACUUACCCAGAUUUACAACUAACAUUUUAAUCUAACCCAGGCAGCCAGCAAUUGUUAUCCUUGAUCAUUUUUACAUUUUCUUCAAUUCUAUUAACAAAUUUUGGUUGCCUUUGGACAGAAGGUUUUAGAAUGCUGGCGGUAGCCGCCUUUCUAUUCUAUAUAGUCCUCUUUUGAUGGAGGCCGUGGCAGCCCUCCACCCACUGUUCACUGCUUUGAGUGAAAACUUUAACACCAGAGAAGGCGCCAAGUUUUCUGGUGCAGUUUUGAAGAUGUGGCAAGCUGAGGAUCAUGCUCUUAAGGUGGUGCAGCUACUGGUGGUCUCGGAGGCUAGGCCCCAUAUUUUCAUCGAGGCAGAGAAAGAUUGGGCAAGUUAUUAUCAAACAGUUCGCUGCUGCAGUUCAGUGGCAGCAGGUUACACCGGAAUGUUACAGAUCCCAUCAAUUAAUGUUGUUUGUUUGUGCUAGUAUCCCUGAUCUGUACCGAGUUGCUAGUGCUACUGGACCUGUUGCCUCUUCCCCUUUGUACGAACAACCAUGAUGUUGCGACUUGAUUGAGUUGUGCAGACGAUGUUUGUUUCGAAAGGGUAGGAUAUCAGUGAGCUCA